AUGGGCUUAUCUUUAGAAUAAUGGGAAUACUUAAAGGAAUUGAACGAUUAUGUCUGGAUGACAUAUAGUUAUUAUGGGAUUCCAAUACAAAUUGUGAUGAUCAUUUACAAAAUCUUAUAUCCUGUAUACUGGCAGGGUGUGAAAAGAAUGGAACAAUUUCCAUCGCUUUUAUAGGGUAUUAUACGAUGAACCCUUUAGAUAAGUUAAUUAGACCUUUCAUUUUUUAUGGGCCAAUUUAUUACUUAUUCGACAUUAUUGUUAAAGUUGGAAGUGGGAAAGCAUUUGAAUCAGCAUGCAGUAUGUCAUUCUUCUCGCAUCAUGUGAUAACAUUGCUAUUCCUUCCGUUUGCAGUCUAUAGUAAGCAUGUGCCUUGGUUUAUCAUUGUAUCUAUACUAAUGUAUCUAUUAAUAGAGCACCGGAUUAUUCCAUGCUAUUCUGCUAUGUUUCAAACGCAGUUACUUAUAAUAUAUAUAUCUGGUGGCAGUUUUAUUAUAUCAUUACGGGAUUUUGUAGCCCCCAUUUGACAAGUAACAAAUUUAUUUUUAUGUAGUAUGAUUUAAUACAAAUUAUUAAAUAUAGGAACAAUCUUGCUAUAUCUAACAAUUAUAGCGUUGUGGUUGAAUGGUUGUUCUCAUUGA